AAAAAAACAAAAAAAAAAAUGAGAACACAUAAUGACUAUGUACCAAUCUAGUGCAACUCAACAAAUACAUACAUUAUUUAAUAACGUACUAACAAUAAAUUAAAUCUUUUUUUUACAAUAUUACAAAUGAUUAAACAAUAAAACUAUUGUGUAUCAAAUUAAAAUUACUUUUAUUAUCAAUAAUUUAAUUUAAUGAUGCUUAUAGUACAUGUUGCAUUGCCUACAUUUAUUUGUGUAGAACAAUUUAUUAUAACUAAAUUAUAUUUUAAAAGAUCUGUUAGAAGUGUUACUUAUGAUAAUCUUAUUUCAAAACUAUGUGAAUAUACUAAGACAAAAAAGGGGAAAUUCUAUGUUUCAUGGCAUGAUGGAACUGAAUAUUGUACAGUGUCGAAUUCAUCUAAUCUGAGAGAAGCAAUUGUACGAAUGAUAUAUGAUCGUGAAGAUAAUACACCUUUAUUAUUUGCUACCCCAGUACUUCAUUUAAAUGAAACAAAAUUACCUUCAUUUUAUGGUGGAUGUAGACCAGAGCAUUUACCAAGUGAUUUUCGUGAACGUGCAUCAAGAGCUGUAUUUAAUAAAGAGAUCGAUUACACAGAACCUGAAUUGCCUGUUAUCAUUGAAUUAAUAUGUAACAUAUGUAAUAAAAAUAAUUGGUGUGGUGAUCGAUUCACAUGCGUUAUAUGUCCUAGAGUUGUAUUAUGCCCUGAUUGUUUUAAAAAUAACAAUCACUCAGAACAUCCAAUGUUGAUUACUAGAGAUAAUGCAGAAUUCCCAUGUCCAGUAUUACAAGCAGUUAAAAUUGUAGCUUCAGAUGUUACUGCAGAAGAUUCUACUGGUGAAGACGAUGAACAAUCAGACUUAUCUGAUCCUAGAACAUCAUCAUCUACUGCUACAAAUGAUUCUGAUGAUAUUCAUAAAACAAUUGAUGCACUUCGUGAAAUGGGUUUUAAACAGAAAACUAGUGAAUUAGUUGAAUUAGUCACAAAAGAACAUGGUAAUUUACAGACAAUUGUUGAUAAGUUGGCUAAUUAAAAAUGUAUGUUUUCAAUGUUUUCCCGAAUCAUCAAUCAUCAAUUCCCGUUUCGGUAGAUAUCAUUGAUUGUUAUGGUUCUACCAAAAUUAGUCUAUGUAAUAACAAAUUAAAUAACGUCUUUGUUUUCAUUCUUUUUGCAUACAUUUAUUUCAAACGUACCAUAUUUUGAGCAUUUGACAUUUUUUUUUACUACUUAUUAGUAAGCUGAAAUGGUUUUCAAAAAUGGUAGGUGGUAUGUGUCUUUUGAGGUUUGACUGACAACAGAUUCUAACUCCCUAAAUGUCUGGAUAGAGAUUUUGUAUUCAUAAACUUCUAACAGUACGAUCAUUCCCAAAGAAAAGGGUUAUGUUCCGAAAACAACAUAUCGAACAAAUCAGAAUGUUUUACAAAAUUAAAAUUCUUACUGAACACUUCAUAUGAAAAAUUGUAAUAAAAAAUAGAUUAUUUAACAGUAUGUAAAACAAAACGCCAGAUUUAACCAUCAAAGACUGGUAAAACCGGAAAAAAC